AUGCCUAAAGCAUAUUUCGACCGCGACCCUAUAACCCUGCAGGAAGGGAGCCACAUCGGUGCCGAGAUUGGUGGCAAAAUGAUUGAGCCCGAUGAGAUGGAAUUUGUUACUGGAGAAGUUGAACGGGUCAUUAUUUAUACAUCUCCAAAUUCCACUGUUGAGCUCAAGUGUACGCAAGAUGUUCAUUUUUCGCCUGGGGAACAAGUUAUCUUACAGCAGCUGGAUCCUGUCAGUUACGCUGCUAUAGGCAUGGAAAGUGGAAAGGAAGUUGAGUUUAAGGAGUAA